CAAGUCGUGACAGCGACUCCUAACCUCACCUCCUCUCCGACAAGCUACUCCGCAACCAUGUCGGACGAUACCUUUGAGACGAUCAGGAAGCUCCAGGCUGAGCGGAAUGCAGCUUCUGCUGGCUUCCUUGACCGAAAGCUUCGACACCACCGUCUACGACCGUGCCGCUGGGGACAAGUUUGCUGGAUACAACACAUCGAUAUCAGUGGCUGAGGAUGGUGAGGAUGAUGAAAUGGCAGAUGCUGACACCAGCAGGAGGCUGGUUGGGCAAUACACGGCCACCAGAAGCCAGAUGGACGAGUUCUCGCGGGGAGGCGGCGUUGAGGAAGAGGACAUACUUCUAGGUCGGGAGAAGAGCGCGCGCAUAACUGAUCGAGAGACUGAUUACCAAAAGCGACGACUGGAUCGAAUACUCACUCCGACAAGGGCAGACGCGUUUGCCUCCAACCGCCAGGCUGGAGCCGCAGAGGAAGGCGAGGGUUAUCGGGAGGUUAUGCGCCGGCGCGAAUUGGAGCGCGAGGAGGAAAGAGUUAAGAGAGCUAUUGCUGAUAAGGAGGCGGAUGGCACUGCAGUUCAACACAAACCUACACUCGGCGACGAAGGCCAUGCGCUGAACGACAAGGAGAAUAACGAGGCUGGAUCUACGGAAGUUGUGGCUGCGGGAAGGAAGAGGAAGCAGCGGUGGGAUAUCUCGUCAGAAGCUGGAGCCGAAGCUGGAGCAGUUCAACCCUCAGAGACGAAGGUGAAGCGAUCGCGAUGGGACCAGACGCCAGCACCAAGUGGCGCAUUAGUCGACGACACACCACGUCGGCGAUCACGAUGGGAUCAAGCACCAGCUGCUACACCAAUUGGCCAGCAAGGCCUCGUCACUCCGGCACACCCAUCGCAAGGUGGUAUGAUGGUUCCGACUGCAUUUGGAACGGAUAUCUCUAUGCGCAACAUGGCAUUGUCUGAUGAAGAGCUGGACCUGAUGCUGCCUUCGGAAGGCUACAAGAUUUUGGAACCGCCACCAGGAUACGCCCCUAUUCGAACUGCGUCCCAGAAAAUGAUGCAAACCCCUGCGUCGAUGAGUGGCGGCUUCAUGAUGCAAGAUCCAGAAUCCCAGCGCUCUAUGGGCAAGCAGUUGCCUACCGAGAUCCCAGGUGUCGGCGACCUUCAGUUCUUCAAGGCUGAGGACAUGGCAUACUUUGGGAAGUUAACCGAUGGAAGCGACGAAAAUGCGAUGAGCGUCGACGAGUUGAAGGAGAGGAAGAUCAUGAGGCUUCUCCUGAAGGUCAAGAACGGAACCCCUCCUAUGCGUAAAACCGCCCUUCGUCAAUUGACGGAUAACGCGCGACAGUUUGGAGCUGGCCCUCUCUUCAACCAGAUUUUGCCACUGCUGAUGGAGAAGAGUCUCGAGGACCAGGAGCGACAUUUGCUUGUCAAGGUCAUCGACCGUGUUCUCUACAAGCUGGACGACCUGGUUCGACCUUACGUACACAAGAUUCUUGUCGUCAUUGAACCUCUACUUAUUGACCAAGACUACUAUGCGAGGGUGGAGGGUCGCGAGAUUAUUUCCAACCUGAGUAAAGCUGCUGGUCUCGCCCACAUGAUCAGCACGAUGCGACCUGAUAUCGACCAUGUCGACGAGUACGUCCGAAACACAACCGCGAGAGCCUUCGCAGUGGUAGCUUCCGCGUUAGGUAUUCCUGCACUUCUACCGUUCCUUCGGGCUGUGUGCCGAAGUAAGAAGUCCUGGCAAGCAAGACACACUGGUGUCAAGAUUGUGCAACAAAUCCCCAUCCUGAUGGGUUGCGCUGUGCUUCCCCACCUGAAGGGGUUGGUGGACUGCAUUGGCGGCAAUCUCAACGACGACCAAACCAAGGUUCGAACCGUUACCAGUUUAGCAAUCGCAGCUUUGGCUGAGGCGGCCAAUCCCUACGGUAUUGAGAGUUUCGAUGAUAUUUUGAAUCCUUUGUGGACAGGAGCCAGGAAGCAGCGUGGCAAGGGGCUGGCUGGUUUCCUCAAGGCUGUCGGUUAUAUCAUCCCGUUGAUGGACGAGGAGUACGCCAAUUACUACACAAGUCAAAUCAUGGAGAUCCUUCUACGAGAGUUCUCUUCUCCGGAUGAAGAGAUGAAGAAGGUCGUUCUUAAGGUAGUCUCACAAUGUGCUGGCACUGAUGGUGUUACGGCUGGCUACUUGAAGGAGCACGUUCUGGAUGAGUUUUUCAAGAGUUUCUGGGUUAGACGAAUGGCUUUGGACAAGCGCAACUACAGACAAGUUGUCGAUACUACGGUGGAUCUUGGGCAGAAGGUCGGCGUAGGGGAGAUUGUAGAGAGAAUUGUCAACAACCUCAAGGAUGAGAGCGAAGCUUACCGAAAGAUGACCGUGGAGACGGUAGAGAAGGUUAUUGCCAGCUUGGGCGCUGCAGACAUUGGCGAGCGUCUGGAGGAGCGACUGAUUGAUGGAAUAUUACAUUCCUUCCAAGAGCAGAGCGUGGAGGAUAUUGUCAUGCUGAACGGCUUCGGAACAGUCGUCAACGCUCUGGGAACUCGCUGCAAGCCAUACCUACCACAAAUCGUCAGCACCAUUCUGUGGCGCCUCAACAACAAAUCUGCUACAGUUCGACAACAGGCAGCCGAUUUGAUUUCCCGGAUUGCCAUGGUGAUGAAGCAGUGCGGUGAAGAUGCACUGAUGUACAAAUUGGGCGUUGUUUUAUACGAAUACUUGGGAGAAGAAUACCCAGAGGUGUUAGGAUCCAUUCUCGGCGCGCUCAGGUCUAUCGUGACUGUUGUUGGUAUCAGCCAGAUGCAGCCACCUAUUAAAGACCUACUACCCCGCCUCACUCCGAUUCUGCGCAACAGACACGAGAAGGUACAGGAAAAUACCAUUGAUUUGGUUGGACGUAUCGCGGACCGCGGACCAGAAAGUGUCAAUGCGAGAGAAUGGAUGAGAAUUUGCUUCGAAUUGCUGGACAUGCUGAAGGCCCACAAGAAGGGUAUCCGUCGAGCAGCCAACAACACAUUCGGUUUCAUUGCCAAAGCCAUCGGACCGCAGGACGUUUUGGCAACUCUCCUGAACAACUUGCGCGUUCAAGAGCGACAAUCUCGUGUCUGCACAGCUGUCGCUAUCGGCAUUGUUGCAGAAACCUGUGCGCCCUUCACGGUCCUGCCAGCUCUGAUGAACGAGUACAGAGUGCCGGAGCUGAACGUCCAGAACGGUGUGCUCAAGUCUCUGUCUUUCCUCUUUGAGUAUAUUGGGGAGAUGGCCAAGGACUACGUUUACGCCGUCACCCCUCUUCUGGAGGAUGCUUUGAUAGACAGGGACCAGGUUCACAGGCAAACGGCAGCCUCAGUCGUGAAGCACGUCGCACUGGGUGUUGUGGGACUGGGCUGUGAGGAUGCCAUGCUCCAUCUACUCAACUUGCUGUACCCCAACCUCUUCGAGACCAGCCCCCACGUCAUCGACCGCAUCGUCGAAGCCAUUGAUGCGAUCCGCAUGGCAGUUGGACCUGGUCUGACGAUGAACUACGUCUGGGCUGGAUUAUUCCACCCAGCUCGCAAAGUCAGACAGCCCUACUGGAGGCUGUACAACGAUGCGUAUGUCCAAGGCGCCGAUGCGAUGGUACCCUACUACCCUGGUCUGGGAGACGAGCAGAUGGAUAGGCAUGAACUGGCGAUUGUGAUUUGAAGCUUUGGGAGCGCGUGGGAAAAGGAAGGCGGGAAUGGGGGACAAGGGGUCGCGGGCGUUAUGUGAUUGUGAUUGAUAUGUGUACUUUAGUUAGCAGGCAGGCAUGGCGAGGUAGUUAAUACAGGUAGAUAAUACACGGGAG